GCCGCGGCGCCAGGCGGCGCCCGGGCAGCUCGCCGAGCUCUCCCGGGAGGUCGGCAGCCUGCGCGAACGCCUGGAGGCGCUGAGCGCGCAGCCGCCCGCCGCGGCGCCCGCCGAGGCGGCGCCCGGGCAGCUCGCCGAGCUCUCCCGGGAGGUCGGCAGCCUGCGCGAACGCCUGGAGGCGCUGAGCGCGCAGCCGCCCGCCGCGGCGCCCGCCGAGACGGACCGGCUUCUGGCGGCGUUGGCCGAGCGCGUGGACGAGCUGUGCCGCGGGGACGCCGCGAGGGCCGCGGAGCUCAGAGGCGCGGUUGACGACGCAGGCCGCCAGCUCACGGAGGGGCAGGAGCGCCUGCGGGAGUGCCAGGCCGAGCUGUCCGCACUGCGCGACGGGCUCCCGGAGGAGUGCCGGCGGGCGUGCCGAUCCGAGCUCUCCACGGCGCGUGCGGGGCUCGCGGAGGAGUGCCUGCAGUCGUGCCGCUCCGAGCUGUCCGAGGCGCGCGGGCGCAUCUCAGAGGAGUGCCUGCGCGAGUGCCGCUCCGAGCUCUCCGCGAUGCGCGAGCGGAUGUCGGAGUCGCUGACGGCGGAGCUCCGUGGCAUGGCGCAUCCGCAGCUGGGCUCCCGUGCCCCAGG